AUGUCUCAAGAUUUUAAAAGUUUGAUUGAUAUUACAAGCAAAGGAGCCGAAAAUUUUAUUAAUGUCUUCUUUAAAUGUAUGGAUAGCAACAGAGAUGUUUUGUAUCAAUUUUAUAGACCUUUUUCAACUAUCGUUUGGAAUGGAAAUGCCUUUACUGGUUUAUGUUAUGCAGAAUUUGUUAAAAAACUUCCUAACAGUUGCCAUGAGGUUCAGAACUUUGAUUGUCACCCUAUGACAUCAAGUAUGAAUGAGCAUGGUGCAUGUAAUAUUGUACUAGUUGUUUCUGGAUCUGUACGAUAUGGAAAUGAGUCACAGCCACGUGGAUUUUCGGAUACUUUUGUUUUAAAAUAUGAUUUGGAAAAGCAUGGAAUGUAUUAUAUAGCAAGUCAAUGUUUUCGACAAGUUGUUUAG